CGAGCCUCGUGUGUGGUCCGGGGAAGCGAAGAAAGAUCCGCAGUUACCCGCAUGCAUUUAAGUGACAGACUGGUCUGGCCCUAACCCAAAAAUAGCGAUCGGAGUCGUGAAAUUCGAUCUCCUCUCUCUCUCCUCGCGUGUUUCUCUCCCAAAAACCUGGAGAGAGAGCAAGCUCUCCCCUGCAAGCAGAUUAUUUCCCUCUCGUUAUCUGGAGAGGUUCGGUUCCUUCAGUCUCAAAGUGCUCUUAUCGAACGCUCGCGACCUCUAAAAAAGUAAAAUAAAUCCGGACACCGCUUCGUAAAAAAAGGAAGUGCUUCCUGAUGCCCGACUCGGCUCUCGAAACCCGCGUCCGGUAUCGAGAUGAAGUCGAAGGCGAUUGAACCCUUGUUCCUUGUGACUCUGCUCCUCCACUCCGUCGCGAAAUCGAGCGGGAUCCGCGACGACUUCCUCCUCCCGUUCGGCUUGCAGCACGGCGACCAGAGUCUCUUGAGGGAAGUUGACGACUUUGGCAGCCGGGAGAUUCCUCUCACCACGCCCAUAGUCUUCUAUGGACACAUUUAUCAAUCCCUAUACGUAAAUGCCAAUGGGAUUCUCUCCUUCCUGACGGAAAUCCCGAGUUUCUUCAACGUCCAGUUCCCCCUCGAUUACCCCAUCAUCGCCCCUCUCUACACUGACGUGGACACCCGGGCGUCGGGGAGCGUCUUCUUCAGGGAGAGCAAGGAACCGGGAUUGUUGGACAGAGUGGAACGAGACGUGAAGAGAUUUUUCUCCAAGGGUACAGGUUUCCGACCCCAGUCCUUGAUCAUCGUCACCUGGAAUCGAGUCGGAUAUUUCAACGCCAAAUCCAACAAGGUGAACACGUACCAGACCGUCGUGGCAACAGACGGGAGAGAUACCUUCGCGUUUUUCCUCUACCCGAGUGGGGGGAUCGAAUGGAUCCAGGGUGAGGGGAAGAACAAGCCCAUGCCAGAUGCCAGGGCUCAGGCCGGACUCAUUUCUGGAGACGGGAGGAUGUAUACUCUGCGUGGGUCCGGCACCGAUCAAGUCAAGAACCUCGACAAAUGGAGUAACACGGGAACAGCGGGUUACUGGGCAUUUCACGUGGGACGAACCGGACUCAUCGACAACGUCAUGCUCCCCGAUCUCGUCAGCCCCCAAAGUGAGACCCAACCAUUUCCACCUUUCUCAAGUCAGUCCGUGAAACGCAUCCCCCUUGCCACUGCAGAGAGACCCUCCGAAGCGGACAACUGCGUCCUGGGCGCGACCUUCUGCCACAGCGAAGCCCGAUGCGUGGACCAUUUCCCGGGCUUCUGCUGCGAAUGCCGCAUCGCCACUUACGGGAACGGCAGGUUCUGCCUCGAAUACGGGGAGCCGUUGAGAAUGAUCGGGAAGGUGUCGGGAGCCGUGAACGGGAAGAGUUUCCAGAAUGAGGAUUUUCACGGCUACGUGGUGAGCAGCGAAGGGCGUGUCUACACGGCCAUCAGCAAGAUCCCCGUGGAAAUCGGCGCCGAUCUCCAGAGCCUCAAUGUGAUUGGCACGCUCGUGGCCUGGAUCUUCGCCAUGCCGAGGAACGGCGCCCUCAAUGGGUAUCAGAUCACCGGGGGUAUAUUCAACCAGAGUGCGACGGUUGAGUUCCCUCAAACAGGUCACAGAAUAGCGAUGAAUCACCGAUACGAGGGGAUCGACGUGUUCGAUCACGUGAGACUGAACAUGAACAUUUCGGGCACUCUUCCCACCAUCCCCAGGGAGAAAGGAAUCGAGAUCGACGACUACAACGAAGAGUACGUUCAUCGCGAACGAGGGGUGUUGGAGGGGAAUUCCCGUUACAAGUUCCGGUUGGAGGGCGAAGAACUGGAGACGGAGGUGGUGGUGAGGCAGACGAUCCGAUUCGAGGCCUGUCCGUACGGGCCGGCCCGACCUCCUAUGGGGCAGACGCUCGCUCUCAACGUGCAUCGCAACUUCAUCAUCUUCGACGAGAAGGAGCAGAUCGUUCGAUAUGGAUGCACGGCCAAGAUCACGCCUUCUGGUGUCGAUAUCAGUCGUUGUCGUCAUCGGGAAACCAGAGCGUUUGCGUGGACAUCGACGAAUGCCAAAUCGGGAGAGACAACUGCCACCCCGACGCCACCUGCGUCAAUCAACCCGGAUCCUUCUUCUGCAAAUGCAGACCCGGUUUCGCCGGCGACGGACGAACUUGUUCCAGUCGGUCUUCAUUACUUCGACACUCGAUUUCAUCGCAUCGACAACGUCCCGAAUUCACCUCUACUUUCCUUUCUCUCUGACUUUCAAGAGUUUCUGACCUGCAAAGAUCUGGAAUGCGGGUUGAAUGCAGAAUGCGUGGAGGUCCCGGGGGUAGAGGCUGCCUGCCGAUGCAGUCUCGGUUUCCAGGGAGACGGAUACGUCUGCCGACGAUGGCCGGGUUCGGAGGUAUUGCCAGUCGAGGGAGAAUCGGUUUCGGAACAGACUUCAGGGUCGUUGUCGUGUGCAACAGAAGAAACAAUCUGCGACCCUUUUGCCAGCUGCAUAUACGACUUUUCUUCCAAGGAUUACAAGUGUCGAUGCCGAGACGGAUACGUCGGCGACGGCAUCGUCUGCAUUCAACGUGAAGAAGUGCCAUGUAACGUGGCGGACAACUGCUCCCCGUCCGCCGUUUGCACCCUGGAUAUGGAAAGGCUCGGAGAGAGGAUAUACGUGUGCAUUUGUUUACCAGGUUACGUCGGGGAUGGGUACACGUGCACUGCGGAAGAUGAAUGCUUGACAUCAAUUGGCUGCCAUCAACAUGCGGAGUGCGUCUACGAUCCCUCGUCCUUCAAAUAUAGAUGCCAGUGCAAAUACGGCUUCGAAGGGAACGGCAAGAAUUGCACUCCCAGCGAAGAAGCGGGCUGCAAUAUCAUCGACCGAUGCGACCUGAACGCGGAAUGCCGAUACGACGCUGUGGCCCUGAAUUACCAUUGUCAAUGCAACGAAGGUUACGUUGGGGAUGGGUACAAAUGCGAACUCAGUCGACUCGGAUGCAAUAUUCACAAGGAUUGUGCUGAACAUGCGGAAUGCAUUUACGAUCUCCGCUCUCAAGGUUACAGGUGCACCUGCCAAGAGGGUUUUAAGGGAGACGGAUACACAUGUCUACCGUCUCAAACGUGCUACGAAAACCCUGCCGUUUGCCACAAGAAUGCUGUGUGUGUUCCUGGUGCCAGAGGGGAAUCCUAUGAGUGCCGGUGUACUGAGAGAUACAAGGGCGAUGGGUACUCUUGCACAGAGUCACCCAGACUGGAAUCGGGAUUCCUGCUGGUUGGUCAAGGUAUCUCCAUCCUAAGAAUUCCAUUGGAUGCUUCUCCAUUCAAUCCCGGGAGACCCAUCAUCAUCAAUCCACUCCAGACUGCAGUUGGACUGAGUUCACCUGAAGGAUUGGCUGUGGACUGGCUUUCCAAACUUAUAUACUGGACAGAUUCAACCAAGGAUACAAUUGAGUUUACAAGCAUUGAAUCUGGCAGGAGGAGAACUCUUCAUUCUGAAAACCUGGUGAACCCAAGAGGUAUCGCUCUUCACCCUGGCAGGGGGCAGGUGUACUGGAGUGAUUGGGAUCGACAAGACCCUCGAAUAGAGAGAUCAGCCAUGAAUGGAGAAGACCGGAGUGUAGUAGUCCGGGAGAACUUGGCCUUGCCUAAUGCUCUGGCUGUUGAUUAUGAGUAUGAAGACCUGUGCUGGACUGAUGCUGGAACUCAGCUCAUCAAAUGUCACAAUUUGAAUGAUGGCAGAACUCGACUAAUAGGUGAAUCUCCAUAUCCCUUUGGUCUGACUCAGAUGCAGGGUAGCUUCUUUUGGACAGACUGGAAAAGGAAGGCAAUAUUGAGAGCACCAAAGCUUGGCCUCUUGGAUCCAAUCCAGAUGCAAGUUCCAUUUGGUGGUGCAGGGGCCUUCUAUGACUUGGUUGCUGUUCCUGAUACCUGUCCUGCAAUGACAACUGCUUGUCAAUAUGGAAAUGGAGGGUGUGACACUCACCAGAUAUGUGUCCCAAACACAAGGGGAGACCGCAGCUGCUUAUGCGGGGACACACCAAGAGAUGGUGAUCCUGUCUGCGGAGACCUCUACUGAUGACAUCAGUCUUUGUUCACACUUGAUGUAUAUAAUUUGGUUACCAGUCUAGUCUCAAUUCACCGUGACUUGUUCCUAUUCACUGUCUUUGCUUCAAAAAUGUCAAUCUUUGGCCUGCCUCCAAGGGAUUAUGUUCCAGAUGCAGUUAGUUGAAUCAAAAAGAGGCAUAGUACACACAAAAGUUCAAAAUAAAUGUAUUUCCCGC